AUGUAUGCUUUAUAUGUAGAUUUGGCAAUUUCUUUGAAAUCUGCGCAAGCUUCUUUAAACAGUUUGAUGUUUACGUCAAUUUGGAAUCAUUUCAUAGCGCGGUGUCUCAGUCCAAGUUCAAAUCUCAAUGCUUACCAUGAUACGCGACCCGGUGACGUAAUCCGUGAUAUUGUUUGCAUCGACGCACUGAGGUUUACUCUAUUCUUAGGAUCCUACCCAGCGCUAUACAAGCUCGCCCUUUAUUUAGUGCAGAUAUAUCGAAAACAGAAGGAUGGAAUUAGCUACAUCAUUGCCGCCGUCAUUGCAUCCCUCAGCGCUAUCAUAGACAAAGCAGAUCGCCGAAAAAGGCUUGCCAUGUUCCUGUUUACCCGUGCACUUGGCGCCGCGUACAACGCACUGGCCUGCCGCGGAAAAAUGCCAUCCGUGCCACAGGGUACUUCGUUAGUGUUUAGUGCCAGCAUCGGGGUGAUUAUUGUUGCAUUCGUCCGGGAACCACAACUCCUGUCUAAGGAAUAUUAUGAGGGUGUCAAAACUUGGACACGUGACUACACGGAAGAUAUCCUCGUCAAUUAUUAUAGAAAGCCCUACGGUAGGUUCGUUUCCUGUGACGAAUUCCUACAUCCGGGGAAGUCGUGUCUUGGUCAUGCAUUUCACGAAUUGUUUGCUAGUUGGUUUACUUUUUCAAAGAUUUACUUACCAAUUCAUCUUAUUCCUCUACUGCUAUCCAGACAGAAGGUAAUCAUAUCGAGUCCAGUGCCUUCACUGCUAUCACUGUUCAUGAAGUAUGUAAAGUCUGCCACCUUUCUCACCGUGAUGUGUACGACAAUCAAAGUUGUUGUCUGCUUACUACGUCAAAAUGUUCAUCAUAGCCCAGCACCUGUACCUCGUUAUUUGAUGUUUAUAGCAGGUUUCAUUGGUGCAUUGAUCGGUGUACAAUUUGAGAGUCGUAGUCGACGUGGUGAAUUAGCUAUGUAUGUUGCCUCCACCGCUUUGGAUGCUGUUUUCAUCUGGGGUCGUGACGCUGGUCUCUUUAAAUCGCUGCCUUGCGGAUCGUUGCUCAUCUUCAUCAUUUCAAUGGCAGCUAUCACGCAUGCGUACGAACGAGACAGAGACUCUUUGUCACCUAUGGUCAAGGGUGGCAUGACAUUUUUGUGCGGAAAGCCAGAAAAUCAGAAGGUCAUAAAUGGAGAUGAAAUACCAGCUGGAAAAUCAACACAACACAUCGAUGCGGGGAAUGUCUCCUAG